AUGGCAUACCAUGAUAGUUCCCACACCUCUGCGCUUGUCAGAUUAGCGGACGAGCUCAAACUACAGAUUAUCAAUGAGCUUUCUGCGCGUCACGAUCUUUUGAAUUUGUGUUUGACGUGCCGCACCUUCGAAGCUAUGACGAUGCGGGCCCUGUACAAGGAUUUUGAUAUCAGUAUACCGCAGAACAGGGGUAUGGGCUGGGACAUUCAAGCGCUGCCUCCUUUUCGAACAGACGCUAUUCGGUCGAUCAAGCGACUCACAAUCCGCAAUGGAUAUCUUCACCAACAGAACCCAACAUCCCAUCGGAGACUACGCCCUGACGUGGCGUCUCUCGAGGCUUACGUUUGCGGUAUAAUCCAUCGUAUCCCGGUGAGCCAGUUAUACGCCUUUUCCUUUCUGCACCGGUCCGCUCUGCCAUAUGAAGUUCUCCAAUCAUUGAUCCGGCAUCAAAAUGCCACACUUCAAGAAUUGCGCGUGUACGAACUCGAGGCUGUCUGCAAACCGGGCGGACUCCUACCGCAAAGUCUGAAAGUCUUUGAAUGUCGAUCCAUUAUGGAAGGCAAGGCUCUUGGUAGGAUCGCCAAAGCCAACCGCGGUACGCUGAAAGCCUUGAGGUUGGGACAAGAAAAAGCGCUUGUUGAUCGCUACCGUCUGGAUCGUACUGGCCUUCAAGAACAGACCGUUCAACCUCUGGAGUUGUUGUUGACUAUUGUACGAUUUCAGGAAAUGCACAGAUUGGAGGAGCUCUGCUUCUAUGGUCUAAACCUGUCGCCUUUGUUCUUGGGAUCCACCAACCCCACGAGCUUCAUUUUUGGUUUGAAACGCUUGACUCUAGAGUCAUGCAGCGGGACUGCAGAACUGUUGCAUAGCUUAGUCGCUACUUUCUACGAAGCUCAAAAGUCCUCUUUCCUGAACAAGAGGGUGGCACAAUUGAAGCACUUUCUUCUCAGACACGAAGCUCCGUCGCCUCAACUAAAGACCGCUCUGAGCCGCUUCCUCUCCUCCUUCACCGGUCUCGAAACCUUAUCUUUACUACUCGAAAACGCCACGUUCUUGGAUCGACCAUGCAGCUUCCUUCCCAACCACGGUGUCACCCUCAAGACGUUAGUCCUCGAAUGCCGCAUCCAACCGCGUGAAAAUCUCGGUCUCGAUACCUCUCGUCCCUUCGGCGCGGGUGCGUACACCCAAGUGCUCUGGCAAGACACCAUCGAAGACAUCUGUCAACUAUGCCCGAACCUAGAAGAACUCGGCACCGGUUUUCCAUGGAACGAUGAGAUCGUCCGUCUGGGAAAGACGAGUCUACCAACGCUCAAAACGUUAAAGACGAUCCAUAUCCGGAAUUUCCCCACGUGCACGCAUUUGAGCCAACUAGGCGAUUAUUCGAUUCGAGAGUAUGUUUCCAAAUUUAUCGAGUGGGUCUUUCCAUCCUUGGUUGGAGGUGCGAGACCUGCGCUCGAAAUCUUGGCGCUAGGUCCCACGUUGUAUGAAACGAGGUGGAGAUCGAACCCGUCUCGACGGCAACCUCCAGAGUUUCUCCGCACGCAUUAUUUCUGUCUGGAUUGGGCCAAGACGAGGUUUGGACGAUGGAGUCCGAUGGUGACGAAUGUGAGUGAGCAUUAUAUGGAGGAGAUCAGAGGCCAGAAGCCGCUUGCGGGUGUCUUUGAGCAGGUGUGGUUGAGAUGA